AUGACAACUCUACCAGAUUUCCAGGAAAAACUUUUCAUUAACAAUCAGUACGUGCCAGCCAAAUCCAGAACAUACUGCGCCGUACGUAACCCCUACGAUGGCAAGAACAUAACCGACAAGAUCCAUUGCGCCGGCAAAGAAGACGUCGAUGAUGCAGUCAACGCCGCAAGCCACGCCUUCCAGAGCACAUGGGGCCAGAUGCCCGGACAAGAGCGAGCCAAACACAUGCUAGCCCUCGCCGACCUACUAGACUCGCAUGCAGACAAGCUAGCACAUCUCGAAACCCUCUCAAUCGGGCUCCCCAUCGCCAUUUCACGAGCUAUCGCAGGCGGCCUCGGAGCUGUCUGGCGCUAUUACGCAGGGUUCUGCGAUAAGCUUCCCGGGGAAUUCGUCCCCGAGGGAGACGACCGGGUUUACAAGAUCGUGCGCUACGAUCCAUUUGGCGUCUGCGCUGGUAUCGGCGCUUGGAAUGCGAGUCUGUUCUUCCUAUCCAUGAAGGCGGCGCCUGCCAUCGCGGCCGGGAACACAUUCAUCUUCAAGUCCUCUGAGAAGUCCCCGCUGGGCGCGCUUCAGAUUGGCGAGCUAAUCGUCAAGGCUGGGUUCCCGCCUGGAGUGAUAAACCUGUUGAGUGGCGAGGGUGCGACGGGAGUGCAUCUCGCGUCACACAUGGAUAUCCAGAAAAUAGGCUUCACGGGGUCUCUGGAGACGGGGAAGAAGAUCCAGAUCGCUGCGGCGCAGAGUAAUCUCAAGCGAGUGACAUUGGAGCUAGGCGGAAAGUCGCCAUCGAUCGUCUUUGAAGAUGCGGAUGUCGAGAAUGCCCUGCAGUAUGCGUCUCAGGGCUUCCUUGUGCACUCGGGCCAGAUUUGUGUGGCUCCGUCGCGACUGCUGGUUCACAGCUCAAUUUUUGAGCAAUUCAUAACGCAAUUGAAAGGCCGAUUCGCGGCACUGGCGCAAGCAGCCGGUGAUCCUGAGAGCGCCAAUACGUUCCUGGGCCCAGUUGUCGACGAAGGACAGAAGGAUCGCAUCUUAUCGCUGGUAAAAGGAACGCAGGGAGACGUAGUCUUGACUGGAGGGGUAUCGGCCGGAGGGAGUUUUGUGACCCCAACCAUACUGAAUAAUCCAUCACUAGAUUCAGACGUUUGGCGAGAGGAGAUCUUCGGGCCUGUCCUCUGUGUUCGAUCCUUUGACACAGAAGAUGAGGCGAUUCAGCUGGCUAAUGCAUCCAAGUAUGGACUGUCUUCCUGCAUCUAUACUCGAGAUAUCCCCCGCGCUUUGCGACUUUCCAAGCGGCUGCAAGCUGCUGGCGUGGCCAUAAAUUCUAACCACCAACCCGAGUAUGAUGUCCCUCUGGGAGGAUGGAAGCAGAGUGGCAAUGGCAGUUAUGAAGGGGGUCAUGGGGCGUUGAUGGGAUAUCUUCAGGCCAAGACAGUAUUUCUCAAUAUGGCGAAGCUCUAG